AUGUAAGAAAAAAUAAGUGAAUUAUUAUUGCAUCAAAUCCCAGGAUUGUGUCGAUUAACAAAGCAAUGUGUUGAUCACAUGUCAGGAAUGCUAGUUGAAGAUACGCCCUAGAAUGCUGCUGAUGUUUAAGAGUUAUUGGGGGAGUACUUUAGAAACGGAGGAAAAUUGACCACAUAAGAAAUUAAUAAAAUUUGCUAAAAAAUAUUUGAUGCUCUUGAAAAUGCAAAGCUAAUAAAAAAGGAAUAGAAGCAUACAUUAGCAGCUGAACGAUUACCAGAGGAAGUUAUACUUUCAGAACUGGAUUUUUAUUUGGAAAAAGACACUGAAAUAAUUAAAUUUGAGGAUUUAUUUAAAGAAUAAGUGGCAACAAAUACAAAUGAGCAAAUCUAAAAGAAGGACCGUAAAGAAAAGCUAAGACAGAAGGAGGAUAUAAAAGCUUAGGAAGCCUAUGAAAAACAUAUUAAAACAAUUAAGGAUUAAAAAACACAUAUUCCUCCAGCAAGAGUGAGACACAGCAAAGCAGAUCAAGAUGGAAAGAAAUUGGAUAUAGUAAUCGAUAAAUUAUCAAUAAUUGUGGGAGGCAGAGCAUUAUUGGAAGAUACAUCUUUAUAAUUGAUAUAUGGUUAAAAGUAUGGUCUAGUUGGUAGAAACGGUAUUGGUAAAACAUGUUUGAUGAAUGCCCUUGCAAGAUAUGAAUACGAGAAUGCUGAAAAAUUUAGACACGUUUAGGUGUUGCUAGUGGAAUAAGAAAUCUCAGAGACUGAUAAGAAUCCUGUUUAAUUAGUUUUGGAGACAGAUAUGGAGAGAUCAGAGUUAUUGGAACAAAAGGAGAAAUUGGAAAGUUCAGAGGAUCUAAAUGCAGGAAUAAAAUUAUAAGAAAUAUACGAAAGACUUGAAGUGAUUGAGGCACAUUUAGCUGAAUCAAAAGCAAUUAAAAUAUUACAAGGAUUGGGAUUUACUGAGGAUUUAAUGUAUAGAAAAACCAAGCAUUUAUCAGGAGGUUGGAGAAUGAGAGUAUCAUUGGCAAGAGCUUUGUUUGUAUAACCAGAUGUAUUACUAUUGGAUGAACCCACAAAUCAUCUUGAUUUAGAUGCAGUUAUGUGGUUGGAAGAUUACGUAAUUAAUUGUAGACACACUGUCAUUGUGGUAUCACAUGCAAGAGAAUUUUUGAAUGUGGUCUGUAAUUAAGUUAUCCAUUUCUAUGACUAAAAGUUAACACCAUAUACAGGAAAUUAUGAUUAAUUUGAAAAAGGAAGAGCUGAAAAGAACACUAAUCAAAAGAAAUAAUUUGAAUCUUAAUAGAAGAAAUUAUCUCAUAUGCAAUCCUUCAUUGAUAAAUUUAGAUAUAAUGCAAAGAGAGCAUCUCUGGUCUAAUCACGUAUCAAAGCAAUUUAGAAAAUGGAUUUGAUUGAUGAAGUCCUAGAAGAUCCAAGUUGUGUGUUCAUAUUCCCAAAUCCUGAAAAAUUGAGACCACCCAUGUUGAGAAUUGAAGAAGGAUAUUUCGAGUAUCAGUUAGGUAAACCAAUCCUAAAGGGACUUAAUUUUGCAGUUGAAAUGGAAUCUCGUGUUGCUAUUGUUGGUGCCAAUGGUGUUGGUAAAUCAACAUUAUUGAAUUUAUUAACUGAAUAAAGAAGGUUAACUGAAGGUAAUUACUUCAGAAAUCCAAGAUUGAGAAUCAGCAUGUUUACUCAGCAUCACAUUGAAUAAUUAGAUCUCAUGAAGAGUCCUUUGGAAUAAUUGAUGACUACUUUCCCUGGAGCAUCUGGAGAGACUUAUAGAUCUCAUUUAUCAUCUUUUGGUUUGAAUGGUAACUUACAAUUAAGACCUUAAUAUCUAUUGUCAGGAGGACAAAAGAGCAGAAUAUCAUUUGCUAUGGCUGUUUGGAACAAUCCUUAAAUUUUAAUUAUGGAUGAACCUACCAACCAUCUUGAUAUCGAUGCUGUCAAUGCUUUAAUUAUUGCGUUGAAUAACUUCACUGGUGGUUUAGUGAUAGUUUCACAUGAUCAAUACUUUGUUUCUACUGUCUGUGAUUAGAUUUGGUAUAUAAAGGAAGAGAGACUUAAGAAAUUCAAUGGAGAUUUUGAUGAUUACAAAAGAGCUCUAUCAGAGGGAAAAUUAGCUUGAAUAUCUUAUUAUCAAUAUAAUACAAUUGUGUACAAUAAAUUAAUUAA